CAGAGUCGGUGGACACAUGUCGCGAAGCUUUUCAACGAGCGGUGAAAAACAUUCGUGUGACAAUUCGAUCGAAAAACCAAUGGUGCUGAAAUGGCCCAAUUCUAAUAUUUACUGUGAAAUUGUAACAAAGUUAUUAUAACGAUACGCCAAUUUUAUUUGUGAUAUUGAUAUUUUUGCUCUUAGUUUACAUGGAUUUUUAAUUUUGAACUACCUAGUUGUGAAGUGGUAUUAAAUUGUGUUUAUUCAUUUUUUUUUAAUAAUUGUGCUUAUGUAAGUUCUACAUUUGGAUUUUUCGCGGCCUUUUCUCAAGUCAUUCAAACGAGAGUUAUGCUGAGGAAUGACAGCGCGUGAAGGAAAUAAAAGUAGAACAUAGCUAAGUCGGCCAGGAAGCGGCCGAUCGAUUGUUUUACGCGUAAUUACCAGCGGGAAGGCCCGCCGUGUGGAUGGUGGCGGGCGAAUGGGGCUAUGCGCCGGUGUCGGCCACACCCGCCAUGAACGCUUUCCUUGAGACGAACCACGCACAUCUCGCGUCUUACGGCCUGAAGAUGUCCCCGCAGCCGGCGUGCGGCGUCGGCCCGCAGCACCGCGCUGCCGCGCCGCACCCGCCGCCGCACCACCCGCCGCACUACCAGCCCUACCCGCUCCACUCCUACCAGCCGGGAUACCUCCGGGAGUACAGCGGCUGCGGCGAACUGUUCCCGCAGCAGCCUCUGGAACAGAGCUGGGACUGGCGCGGCGACGUGCACUACCAAGGAGGUGCCCCACCUCUUGUACCUCACUCCCACCCUCAUACGCCGCACGCCUUUCUUCGAUAUGUCCGAGCGCCACCGCGACGGGAUAUGCGAUGUCAGUGGCUAGACCCCGACCAGCCACCUCCGAGAAAACUAUGCAACAAGUUGUUUUCGAGCAUGCACGAAAUAGUGACGCAUUUGACCGUAGAGCACGUGGGAGGGCCGGAAUGCACGACGCACGCCUGCUUUUGGCAAGGUUGUUCGAGGAACGGAAGACCCUUCAAAGCGAAAUAUAAACUUGUGAAUCACAUCAGAGUGCAUACCGGAGAGAAACCGUUCCCCUGUCCGUUCCCAGGCUGUGGGAAGGUGUUUGCGAGAUCAGAAAAUCUGAAGAUUCAUAAACGGACGCAUACAGGUGAAAAACCGUUUAAAUGCGAAUACGCUGGUUGCGACCGGCGUUUCGCAAACUCUUCAGAUAGGAAAAAGCAUUCCCACGUGCACACAUCGGACAAGCCGUAUAACUGCAGGGUGCACGGUUGCGACAAGUCUUACACCCACCCGUCUUCGCUUCGCAAGCAUAUGAAGGUCCACGGCGCCGCUGGUGAUGCGUCCCCGAGAUAUGACAGCGACGGGGAUGACUCCUCGUCUGCUGGAAGCGUGAGCGUCACCGCCGGCGCGGCCAGUCCUCCCGUUCCGAUACCACCGCCGCCAAUACCGCCCGCUCCUCACCACCCUCAACACCACCUCACUAUCACAGAUAAGUUAGAAAGUCUAAACGAUAAAUACCUAAAUCCCCACGAUCAGAAAUCCUACGAGCGACCGCCAGCCCCGCCGCAUCAUGCGCAACCACCUCAUUUAACAAAUAUCGGCGGUAACGGCAUGAUGGACAACAAAAUUGGCUUUAGUGGGCACUGGGGGCAAUUCCAGCAGCCUGCUCCGGCGGUUCCUCAUGGUGUUCCGGAAUGGUGGUGUCCCUCGCAAGAAUCGUAUCACCACCAUCAUCUAAUGCAUCACUCAGGCGCGGCCGCCGCAUACUGACCCCAUCGCGCUUAGGGAACUCUUCAUUCUUCGUUAAUUGAAUUAUAAUAUACUUCAAAUCGUGCCUAACUGUUCAUAAAACCUAUAAAUUUAUAUAAACUUUAAUUUUACUAAUCCGCCUAAAGCUUUAACGAUAAUUUUUGAAAAAAUAACGUAGAAUGAAAGUUCACUUAAGCGCCGCUUGGUUUUUAAAAUGUUACGCUUAUAAAUAAAUUAUCUGUAUUUCUUGAUAUUUCCCAUGUAACUCCUUGUAAUUUAUAUAUUCUUAUACUGAGGCCAAUUUUAGCCGUCCGAAUGUUUAUAAGUACAUUAUAAGUAUCGAAUCCUACAGACUGUAUCUAAAGGGUUAUUUAAAAGAGUAUGAACAAUAAAUAGAAAUUGAAUUGUGGUGUAAAAACAAAAAGCUGUUAAAAUAAUAACCGAUUCAUUGAAAGCUUUACAGCAUGUUGUAUAUUUCCCAUAAAUAAAGUCAUACUGUGUCUUAUUAUAUUUUAGAGAUAUUCUAUUUUUAUUGUCUGCGAGAGACCAUUGUAAUGUUUGUAACAUUUUACACUAUGCAACGGAUAAGAAGCAAAAUUUUGUCAACCUCGUUGACAGUGAUUUAUUGCAACUUUCAGAUAAUGUAAAGCAUUUUUAAAAUGUACAAACAGAUGUAUUGUUAAAUCGCAAGCAUUCUCAGAAUAUGUUUUUAAUUAUUCUUAUAAGUGUGUUAAAACAACGAAUGUCAUAAUGUUUUAUGUAUCUUAUCUACUAUGUAUAACGUACGUACCUAUCUACUAAAUAUAUUCUUAAAUAAUUUUCUUAGAUUACAAAAUAAAAAUAAUUUUAUACAAAAUCUUUUCACAAUAUACUGUCGUCACAUGCUAAUUAUUUUGCAAAUGUCUUAUAUAAAUAUAAUAAGGUAAGGCCAAAGCACCCAAGUCCAAUAACGCUACACUAAGUAGAAGUAAGAUAUUAUGUACAAAUAGUUAUUGUAAAUUAUUUAC